CUCGGGGCCGCGCACAGGAAGUGGCGAGGCGGCGGGCGGGGCGGGCGCGGCGCCCACUGGAGCCCAGCGCAGGGCCGGGCGGGGACGGCGCGGGACGGGACCGGGCGACGGCGGGGCGCAGGCCCUUCCAGUCGGACACCUGUGAGGACGGCCGUGCCCGCCCUGCUGACCCCGUGCCGUGGUGAGUGAGCUGUCCUCAGCGAGGGCCCCUGUGCCCGGCCCUGAGCGUGCGCCAUGGGCUUGCUCGCCUACCUGAAGACGCAGUUCGCCGUGCACCUGCUCAUCGGCUUCGUCUUCGUGGUCAGCGGGCUGGUCAUCAACUUCAUCCAGCUGUGCACGCUGGCCCUGUGGCCCAUCAACAAGCAGCUCUACCGCCGCCUCAACUGCCGCUUGGCCUACUCGCUCUGGAGCCAGCUGGUGAUGCUACUGGAGUGGUGGUCCUGCACCGAGUGCACACUCUUCACUGACCAGGCCACCAUGAACCACUUCGGGAAGGAGCAUGUGGUCGUUAUCCUCAACCACAACUUCGAGAUCGACUUCCUAUGCGGGUGGACCAUGUGCGAGCGGUUCGGCGUGCUGGGGAGCUCCAAAGUCCUAGCCAAGAAGGAGUUGCUGUAUGUGCCGCUCAUCGGCUGGACGUGGUACUUCCUGGAGAUCGUGUUCUGCAAGCGGAAGUGGGAGGAGGACCGGGACACUGUCAUCGAGGGGCUGAAGUGCCUGGCCGACUACCCUGAGUACAUGUGGUUCCUCCUGUACUGUGAAGGGACGCGCUUCACGGAGACCAAGCACCGUGUCAGCAUGGAGGUGGCCGCCUCCAAGGGACUGCCCCCGCUGAAGUACCACCUGCUGCCGCGGACCAAGGGCUUCACCACCGCAGUCCAGUGCCUGCAGGGGACAGUGGCAGCUGUCUACGACGUGACCCUGAAUUUCAGAGGAAACAAGAACCCGUCCCUGCUGGGGAUCCUCUACGGGAAGAAGUAUGAGGCGGACAUGUGUGUGAGGAGGUUCCCUCUGGAGGAGAUCCCACAGGACGAGCGGGAGGCAGCACAGUGGCUGCACAAGCUGUACCAGGAAAAGGACGCGCUGCAGGAGAUGUACGAGCAGAAGGGCAUCUUCCCGGGGCAGCAGAUCAAGCCCGCCCGGAGGCCGUGGACCCUGCUGAACUUCCUGUGCUGGGCCACCCUGCUGCUCUCGCCUCUCUUCACCUUUGUGCUGGGUGUCUUCGCCAGCGGGUCCCCCCUCCUGAUUCUCACAUUCCUGGGGUUUGUGGGUGCAGCAUCCUUCGGAGUCCGAAGACUGAUAGGAGUGACCGAGAUAGAAAAGGGGUCCAGCUACGGAAACCAGGAGUUUAAGAAAAAGGAAUAAUUGGUGGCUGUGAUCGAAGGCACGUAACCUGCCGCGAUAUCCAAUUAACUCAAUUAAAAACAGAACCGCACACAGCACGAGGAGACAGAGACAUUUAGAAACUUAUUUUUCUUAUUAACUGGUGACUAAUAUUAACCAAUAAAACUUGAGCCAAGAGCAAAGAACUGGGAAGGCCUGCCGGGUGAAGACGGCGCUCGGCUUGCACUGUCCCCGCCUCGGACAGAAGCCCCAGAGGGCUGGUGACCCACCUGGGCACCACAGCUGGCUCCCUGAGGGGUGUCACCAUCUCUCCAGAGCUCCACUUCCAGGGGGCCUUAGGCUGCUUUCUCUUCUUAAACUUAGAUGGAGGUUUCUGUUUUUAUUGGUAUUUCAGGAACUUAACCUGGCCCCUCAGCUCUUCCCCUGUUCCCUCAACACUGGCUCCUUGUGAAUCUUCUGCUGUCCCUGGGGGGGGGGGGCGGCGGGUGCCAGCCCCCCAGAGAGCUGCCGUCCCCCUGCUUGGCACCUUGGCUUAUAGAACCUGUGGUGGACCGGAGACACCCUGAUCGAGAAGCACUGAAUGUAAACUGCACCUGCGGACCCGGAGUGCAUCCCGUCCAUCCCGCUGUCCCCUUUGCCCCGCUGUCCCCUCCGUCCUCUGUCCCCUCGCACAGGGCUGGCAGGAUUGAGUGCCCCUUUUGUUUUCUGCGUCCCUGCUUCCUGUUUCACUGCGUGUGGGCAUCUCGCGUCUCUCCUUAUAGCGCAGGGACCCUAGGGGACUCUUGGCCCCUGGGUCCUCCAGCUCCCCAUCCUGCUCUUCCUCCAUGUGGCCAUCGGGCUGGGGCAGGCACGGGGGGCACGGCAGCAGGACCACAGAUGUGCAGAUGCUUGUGGCGCCCUCAAGCCCUUCUUGAGUCUGUCAGUCUGUCAGUCAGUCUCAGGCCCAUGGUGGACCGGGGGAAGCUUUCGCUCAUUGGUGUGAGGAUGGCUCGCCCCUCCUGAGGGGAACAGGAAGCAGAGGCUGCCCGCUCACCCUCUUGGGGCCCAUGUGUCCUCAAGGAGGCUGCUCCUGUCUUGGCAGGUGUCCUUGAGGCCCAAGGCCCACUCCCCACCCCCACCACGGUCCCACAGAGGACUGGCACCCGGUGUCUUCAUCAAGGUCCCAUGUCCUACCUGGAAAGUGUUUUUUCCUGCAGCACGAGCCCAGCCUGGCGGACAGUGGCCGCUGGGCCCCUCGAGUAGUAGGGCAGGUCUCUCCCACCUCAGCCAACUCGGGCAUGGCCCUGCUGGCCAACCGCAUCGGGCUUCCGUCCAGACUUCCCGCAGCCUCCUUCACCAUCACACUCCCGCCCCUUUGAGCGGGGGGAGAGUUGGACAGUUGGGUGUCCUCUGGCGUGGAACCGCCAUCUGAAGGUAGACGGGUUGCAUGUUCCAGGGAGAGGCAAGAGAGAGGGGCAAGGGGCUUAGAGAGGAAAUGGAGAGGUCGAACCGCAUGGGUCCUGGGUGUUCAGAGGACCCAGGAGGCAGCCUGGGUCUGUGGAGAGGAGAGCGACGGGCCAGUUUACCUGGUCACGGGCUCUCCAGGGCCUCUUGAGGGCAAAGGUGUCCCAGAGGAACACAUGUGGGCCUCCUCCUCCUCUCGAGUGGCCCCACUGGCCUGGGUGCUAAGCCACCCAGGGCCUCCCCUCCCUUCCUCCCACCGCACGCUGUUCCUUUUCUUCCGAGUGCUCCGGCCCAUGUCGUCGCUGAGUAGCGAACACCACAGGGCCCCCUCCCAGACCGACAUGUGAGAGGUGAGCCAUGCACUGAAGAUCAGGGCGCAGGCUUCACCCCCAAGACCCUUCUUCUGGCCCAGCUCCCCUAGCACCACCACCCCUGAGAGCAAUAAAAACCAUGCUGUGAAUGUUUGGGCUUUUGGGAGAGGGGGGAUUUGCUUUCAUCUGCUUGGAAGGAAGAGGGAGGGGUGCACCUUUCAUUUUUAAAUUAAACUCUCCUGUGUCAGAA